AGUCGUUCGUCGCCGAAAUCUGUUGGAUCAUCUUCCAUCCCCGUAGCUUUGCUUUCGUCUCUGUUUAUAGCCAACUCGAUAUUCUCCUUCUUCAGCUCAAUCGGAUCCCACGAUCGGGUCGGGUCGAUGAUCCAGUUACAGAUCCUGGCUGUGGCAGUACUAUUCCUAGUGUACGCCAUACUAACAUAUCUGGUCAACUCCAAAAACGCAGUCUUUGUUUCUCUACCGUCUUCGAUUACGACUCUGUUGCUUCUCUUCGGCUUCGUCGAGGAGUUCUUGAUGUUCUACCUUCAAAAGAAAGACGUUUCUGGAAUCGAGAAUCGCUAUUACGAUCUCAUGCUCGUACCCAUUGCGAUCUGCGUCUUCUCCACGGUGUUUGAGCUCAAAUCUGACGCCAACAACACGCAUCGUUUCGCCAGAUUAGGUCGUGGGAUCGGUCUGAUUCUGCAAGGAACUUGGUUUCUGCAAAUGGGUAUAUCGUUUUUCACCGGUUUGAUUACUAAUAAUUGUUCGUUUCACGGGAAGAGCAGAGGCAAUUUCACGAUCAAAUGCAAAGGACACGGUGAUUUUCACAGAGCCAAAGCUAUAGCAACUCUUCAGUUCAACUGUCACUUGGCUUUGAUGGUGGUUUUGGCUACUGCAUUGUUCUCUGUUGUUGCGAACAAGAAAGGUUAUCUCCGUGAAGAUCACUCGAUAUAUCGGCCUCUCGGAGCUGAGAUGGAGAACUUAAGUACUUUCACCCUCGAUUCUGAUGAAGAAGACGAGAUUCGAGAAGAGGGACACGUUACUAAGGAAGCUGGUCUUAAUGGAAUCAGCUCACAUGACUGAAGGUAGAUACAAUACAAAUCAAAGUUUCAGACUUUUUAUUUUUUUCUGGUUUAGUUUUUGUCCAUUUUAGAAAUUGUUGUUGGUCAAUGGGAGGAUAAAAAUGAUAUGUAAUCAAACACACGAGAU